AUGUCAGGCAAGGCCUUUGUAUACUCAGUUAUAGUAUCAGUCAGUGCUUCUAUACUUACUUACAAAAUCAUCAAGUCUUUGAAUGGGGCUGCGAAAGAUGUCCCCAGAAAGCGUGAAAAUGUUGCUGACUUGAUAGGAAAUACACCAAUGGUUAGAAUCAAAUCUUUGUCUGAGGCAACCGGCUGUGAGAUUUAUGCCAAGUUAGAACUUGCAAAUCCUGGAGGCUCGGCCAAAGAUAGAGUUGCAUUGUCUGUCAUCAGGCACUUUGAAGAAAUUGGAGAGUUAGUGCCUGGAAGAGGAGAUGUAUUGUUUGAAGGCACUUCUGGUUCAACAGGAAUUUCAUUUGCAAUGUUAUGCAAUUCUCUUGGCUACACUGCCCACAUCUGUUUGCCCGAUGACACCUCUUUAGAAAAACUUCAGCUUUUGGAUAGUUAUGGUGCAGAGAUUGAGAAAGUAAAGCCUGCAUCGAUUGUUGAUCCAAACCAGUAUGUCAAUGCAGCUAGGAAAGGAGCACUAGCACUCAGAAAUGAUAAAUCCACACAAGCAAAUGGGGUUUUUGCUGAUCAGUUUGAAAACGAUAACAAUUGGAGAGUUCAUUAUAACACUACGGGGCCCGAAAUUUGGGAGCAAAUGGAUCACAACAUUGAUUAUUUCAUUACGGGCUCUGGAACUGGAGGAACUAUUGCUGGAUGUUCCAAGUUCCUGAAGUCUGUCAGCAGGAAAGUCAAAAUAUUUUUAGCUGAUCCACAGGGCUCAGGUAUGUUCAACCGAGUAAAAUAUGGCGUGAUGUACGACACUGUGGAAAAGGAAGGUACUAGACGUAGACAUCAAGUUGAUACAAUAAUUGAGGGUGUUGGUUUGAACAGAAUUACUCAUAAUUUUCUUCAGGGUGAACACUGUGUCGAUGAUGCCAUUAGGGUUACUGAUGAGCAAGCAGUUCGCAUGGCUAGAUUUUUAAGCUCAAAUGACGGAUUGUUUGUAGGUUCAAGCAGCAGCAUUAAUGCUGUUGCGGCAGUCAAAGUGGCUAAAAAUGCAGCCCCUGGUUCUAGGAUAGUCAUUAUUGCCUGUGAUUCCGGCUCUCGUCAUUUAUCUAAGUUUUGGAAGGAAGCAUUAAAAGUGGAUAAAAACCUUACACUGGAAGAUGUUUUGAAUGUAUGA